CAAUUCAAACAAACACUUCAACAUUUCCAGUUAUGUGUUCCACCACCACUUCCGAUCACGGCGGCGCCACCUCGAUCGCCUCCAUCCAUCCCGACAUCAUCCAAUCCCAUAUCCUAAACCGGCUUGACGGCCCCUCCCUGGCCUCCACGAGCUGCGCCUCCACGCAGCUCCUCUCCCUCUGCUCCGAUGAUCUCCUGUGGCGCCAAGUUUGCAACUCCACGUGGCCCUCCACCGCCCACCCCACCGUCCGCCACGCCAUCUCCUCCUUCCCUUCCGCCCACCGCUCCUUCUACUCCGACUCCUUCCCCUCCCCCACCCUCCACGGGUGCCACAGCCGUGGACCCCGGCCGCAAACGCAGGGGCUGAUCUCCGCCGUUGAUGUAUACCUCGACGACAGAUUGAUCUAUUCUCGGGUGAAGGAAAUGGAGACUCUCUCCGGAUGGUUCCAGAGCUCUCCCUUCAGGAUUGACCUGGUGGAGCCAAAGGAAGCCGUGGGGGCAGCGCCGCUGAAGUUCGAAGGCGCGUGCAUGGAACUCGCGAAGGAGCGUCUGAGGGUGAGCUGGAUCCUCAUCGACCCUCGCAAAAAGCGGGCGCUGAACAUAGCCAGCGCCGCGGCGGUGGAGGCGCGCCGGCACUGGCUGACCGACGACAUACUGCUCCGGUACGCCACGGUGAUGGACGGCGGGGAGGGGGAGCUGGUGCAGUGCGCGGCGGUGCUGACGUGCGGCUGGAAGGAAGGGGGAGAGCUGCAGGUGAGGGAGAUGAGCAUGCAGGUGGAGGACAUGGAGGGCAAAAUCAUGACCGGAUCAGACAGUUUGAGGAUUCUGGACGCCGCCAUGGAUGGCCGGAGAGUGAAGAGCCAGCUGAAGAUGCAGAGGGAGGCGUUCGAGAUGUUCUUGAGGAUGAAGAUGCUGUCUAGAGAGAGAAAGCAGAGGAGAGAGAGGAGCUUGGACAUGGUCUGCAUAGCCGCCGGAAUCGCUAUUUUUGUGGCCAUUUGGGCAUUUUUUUUAUCCAGAUAAUAGUAGUAAAAGUAAAUACACUUAAUUCUGUAAAAAUUGAAAUACAGUUAAAAUACGUGUGUGAAGCCCAUAAAUUAAUACUCCCUCCGUUUUUUAAAAAUAGCUAUUAUUUCCAUUUUGGAUCGUACCUUAAAAAUAAAAACUUUAAAAUCUUUCUAUUUUA